AUAUGUUCCAGAAGAAAGUGAAGAACUAGAAGAAAAUUUUGAGGAGACUGACUCAAAUGUUGAAAUAAACUAUGAUGAAAAUAAUACUAUGGACAUGAUCUCCAAUCUUCCGCAAGAGUAUAAGACUGAGUGGGUUUAAUUAGAAGAUAUUAUCCCUCGUAAUUUUAACGAAGAAUUUCAUAUUGAUAUAAUGAGCGAACUUUUUAAGGACUCCGAGCUCGAAAAAAUUCAUUUUUGCAAAAUUGUUCGCAUAAUUUCGGAGAAGUUAAUCGAGGCGAAAAAAACAAAUCAAAUCUACGUAUUAAUGACCGCUUUUAUAGCAACUCAAAGGUUUCCUGCUCUAAGAGGAAAAAAUACAGAAGCAAUCCAUAGAAGAAUGGAGAUUCGCCUUCAGCAAUGUUUGAAAAACAAAAAACAAAGGGGAAAAGGUAACAAUAAGCAAAAAAACAUCAAUGGGACUGAGGAUUGUAAUGAUGUCGAUGUUUGUGAAGAGGAAUUACAGUCACAAAUAGCCAAAUCAGGUAAUGCAAAAGGCAAAACAGCAGCAGUAAAGAAAUAUCUCAGAAUCUCUAGAAAACAACGUCAAAUAGACGUGAGAACUUUACCUGCCUCAGAAAUGUUACACAAAUAUCCUGUACUGCAAGAAACUCAAUUUCUUCUAUGGGAGUUUGGAGAAAUAGUUGAAAUGCCAGUCAGAACCAUGAGAAAAAAUUUACAAACGGCUAUACCGAAAUUAAUUUCUAUAAUAACAGAUGAAAAUAAUGAAACAAAAAUUGAACUUUUUUUUUUGAAAAAAAUUGAUUCUCUUUUCAAAAAUGACAAAAAGCGAGGUCGUGAAAAUCGUAAACUUGUGUUAAUAAUCGAGGAUAAUAAUGAUAAGGAUGACGAGGUUCCAAAAACGGAUAGAGCUCCCUAUUUGAUCAUCCAGGGUGACUGUGAUAAAAACGUUAAGUGUUUCGUCGAUGCGGAACCACUUUUCAUUGAAGCUCCAUUGGAUGCAAUUCUUCUGCUGUUGGCCACUUACUGGGUGUUUGACAUCCAUUUUGACAAACAUUUUAAGAAUCAACUGACACUUCUAAGCGUUAUAACGUUUGGCGAAGACGCUGAAAAAAUUUUAGGGCCUCAUGGCAUCGAGUCAAUUAGUGUCAAUAAUAUAAUUACAAAAGCAGGAUUAUAAAAUUUUCAGUUUUACAAAAGUUUAACAUUUUGAUAGAAUGUGAACUUAUUCAGAACAUUUUGUAUAAAGUAAUUUUAAGCUAUCAUAACAUAAAAUUACUAUCAACCGAACACGUCAGAUGCAUCCAUCAAAACUAAUAAUUAAUAUACAAUAUUAUAUAAUUAUUGAAAUGCGAAUUCUGAAAUUAUUUUGCUUUUAUGUAAUUAUUUUCUUAAUUUCAAACCUACUGGCACUAAAAAUAUAAUUCGCUUGUUGAGAAAUUGUUUUAUUUUGACCUGCUUUAAAUGGCGUUUGAUGAGAGUCAUUUAAAAAAACUGUGUCUUGCUGUACCUGGUCUAACUUGAACUAUCUGAUUUUUAAUAAUCCUUUGGUAAAAAUAAUAAUUAUUUCUUUAAUUUUGUUGUUGUUUAUGUUUAAAAAUUUAUGUAAAAUUUUAAAAUAAAU